AUGGAGGACGAUAUCAAAGACACUGCAUAUUUGAAAAUACAACAAAUUGAACGUUUGUACCCAAAUAGUGUGAUUAAAAAAGUCUCCGGGUCAUUUCAACAUACAACGACUUAUGAAGGAAACAAAUCAAAAGCCGUGGACGUUCUCAAAGAUAUUAAAACAAAUAACAGGCAAAAACUCUUUUUUGAUGUGAGAAAUGGAAUUGCGAAAGAAAUAAGACCGGUUGUGUGGUAUUAUUUUGCAACAGAGGGUAUUACUUUCGACGAAGUAAUUACUUUAUGCUCACACCAGUUGUACAACGAUUAUUGGACUGAAGCUGCGGAGUGUGACUCAUUUCAAUUGGACAAGAAGCAAGAGAAGACUAUUGAAGUCGAUGUCGUUCGCAUGUUUCCAGAAGGGUACGUCGACGUAUUUAAAAGGGCAGACGUCCGUGUGCGGAUGAGAAGAAUCAAAAGAAUGUAUGAGCACUACUAUCCCAACCCGGGGUAUUUCCAAGGAUUUGGUGAUAUCGUCACCGUCUUUUUUGUGAUCUUUUGUGAGUAUUAUAUGGGCAAAUUGACUGUUGAAAACCUAGAAAAAACAAGUGAAGAUGUUCUUAAAAUAACGGAAGCUGCUACAUACACGCUAGUUGUGUAUUUAAUGAACAACGUAAUUUCAAAGUGUCCAAUUCAAAAAGAAAAAAUCGAGUUCCACCCCGAGUCCCUAUGGAGAGUCGUUGUGACACGAUUGGGGAAAGAAGACCCGGACUUCGCAUCAAAUUAUGACGACAAUUUAAUUGUGAAACAACAGGUCUAUGGACUGUUAGUCUGUUUCUUUGCACGACAAUUGUCAGUCCACAACACUUGCCCGAUAUAUGAUCAACUCAUAUCAGGGACAAUUUGUAAAGAAGCCAACGUGUUCUCUGGGAUUGUUAGUUUAGUAGUAGGGUUUGUCAAAUUAGUAGUGAGUCGUGGAGGAAAUCUUGACGACUUGAUUUCGUUUGACAAACAGAACAAAGGCUUUUUCAAAAGUGUCACGCCAAGUGACAUCUCCGCUCUCAUCGCAAGUGCUUGGAAUUAUUGA